AUCAGGCCGAGCUCUACUCUGUAAUUUUGACUUGAGGGAUUCCUCUAUUUCAGAUUUCCCCACCAAAAAGCUAAAAGCCUGAAACCCCUUUUGCUGAAACUGAAAACGCUGUAUGCACUCUCUCCCGCUCCCAAGUUCCGUGAUAACCUCUGCAUAGUAGAGGACACAUCAUGGAUCCCUUCGAAAUCCUUUUCUCUCUGAUUAUCUGCCUUUUAUUGUCUUCUGUGAAGUCCACUUCUUCAGAUUCUCCUUUCUUAACAAAAGAAAGGUUGGCUGAAAUUCCCAUGAAGUUCCUAAAUAUGGCUCAAAGGCCAGAGGUUUUUGACUGGAUGGUGAAUAUUAGGAGGACCCUACAUGAAAUCCCAGAACUCGGUUUUGAGGAAUUUGAGACCAGUAAACUGGUCAGAACUGAACUUGACAAAAUGGGCAUCCCCUAUAAGCAUCCGGUGGCUAUUACUGGUGUUGUUGGCUAUAUUGGGACUGGCAAGCCACCUUUUGUUGCAAUUAGAGCUGAUAUGGAUGCUCUAGCUAUGCAGGAAAAUGUCGAAUGGGAACAUAAAAGCAAAAUUCCAGGGAAGAUGCAUGCUUGUGGACAUGAUGCUCAUGUCGCAAUGCUUCUUGGGGCUGCAAGGAUGCUUCAAGAGUAUCGUAAUGAUUUACAGGGAACUGUCAUUCUUGUUUUUCAACCGGCUGAAGAAGGUGGUGGGGGGGCAAGAAAAAUGCUAGAUACUGGGAUAUUAGAGAAUGUUGAUGCCAUCUUUGGACUGCAUGUCUCUUCCAAAUAUCCAAUUGGCACAGUUGCUGCCAGACCUGGGCCUAUAUUGGCUGCAAAUGGUUUUUUUGAUGCUGUAAUUAAAGGAAAAGGCGGACAUGCAGCUCUUCCCCAGACCUCAAUUGACCCAAUCUUGGCGGCUUCCAAUAUAAUUAUUAGUUUACAACAUCUUAUUUCGCGUGAAGCCGAUCCAUUAGAUUCACAGGUUGUAACUGUUGGGAAAUUCCAAGGUGGUGCCGCAUUCAAUGUGAUUCCUGAUUCAGUUGCAAUAGGUGGUACCUUCAGGGCUUUCUCAAAAGACAGUUUCAGGCAACUUAAACAAAGAAUUGAAGAGGUAAUUAUUCGACAAGCUGCCGUACACAGAUGCAAUGCGACUGUUGACUUCGAGGCAGAUUACAGGCCCUUUUACCCGGUAACCGUAAAUAGCAACCGGUUGCAUGAUCACUUCCAAACUGUAGCUGAGAAUAUGCUGGGUUCUAAGAGCAUAAUAGAAUUGCAACCAAUGAUGGGAGCAGAAGAUUUUGCCUUUUUUGCUGAGGCAAUCCCGGGGUACUUUUACUUUGUAGGAAUGCACAAUGAUUCCAAGGGACAAUCUGUACCAGGGCACUCCCCUUAUUUCAAAGUAAACGAAAAUGUACUUCAAUAUGGUGCUGCUUUACAUGCAGCAUUGGCUGUGACUCACCUCCUUGGCGGUCCUGCGACGCUAUCUGUGCAGAAAGAGAGUUUGCAUGAUGAGCUCUAAGCUGCUUGAAGCAACUGGGAAAGUUUUACUAAAAAUUUUCAGAACUAUUUGAUGACUGAAUUGUAUGAAGGGCAUGUUUUUCCUCACAAAACUCAAUUUGAAUGUUACAACCUGGUUUCGCGAAACACUGUUAAAGUCUGCAAAUUAACAGACAUUUUACAAUCCAACUUCUUGUAGCAUUCCUGUUGUCAA